UGUAUUUUAGCAACAAAAAGUAAAAUGCUUACAUAUAAUGAUGGUGAUAGUAGCAGUUCAUCUGGGAGCUCCACAGUUGAUGAAAAGCUUCCAUACCCACCGCCUGCAACUAAUCCCGAAUCAUCAUAUGAUUACUAUGUUAGAAAAAUCCCUACAGUAUUUAGGGACAACCAAGAAGCCCCAUUAAGAAAACUUUCUACAGAUCUUAUUAAGUGCUAUAAACAUAUAAAUGAGGUUUAUUAUGCAAAAAAAAAAAGGCGUGCUGAUAAGGAGAAAGCAGAAGGGGAGUUACUAAAAAAGGGAAAACAUAAUGAAGGAUUUGACGAUGAGAAUUAUGACUAUAUCGUUCGUAGUGGCGAAAAAUUUAUUGAUCGUUUUGAAAUUGAUUCAUUGAUUGGAAAAGGAUCAUUUGGACAGGUUGUUAAAGCGUACGACCACGAUGAACAACAAUUCGUUGCUAUCAAGAUUAUCAAAAAUAAAAAACCGUUUUUAAAUCAAGCCCAAAUCGAAGUUAAGAUUUUAGAGCUCAUGAACAGCAACGAUCCGCAAUCAAAAUAUUAUAUAGUGAAAUUGAAAUCGCAUUUUAUGUGGCGAAAUCAUUUAUGCUUGGUAUUUGAACUUCUUUCUUAUAACCUUUAUGAUCUUUUACGAAACACGAAUUUUCAUGGUGUAUCGCUUAACCUUACUCGAAAGUUUGCGCAACAACUAUGUACUGCGUUGUGUUUUCUUUCAACGCCAGAUCUGCAAGUUAUUCAUUGUGACUUAAAACCUGAAAAUGUUCUUCUUUGUAAUCCAAAACGUAGUGCUAUAAAAAUCGUCGAUUUUGGAAGUUCCUGUCAACUUGGUCAAACGCUUUAUCAUUACAUUCAAAGUAGAUUUUACCGUUCACCUGAAGUUUUGUUAGGGCUUCCAUACGAUUUAGCAAUUGAUAUGUGGUCGCUAGGUUGCAUUUUGGUAGAAAUGCACACGGGGGAGCCCUUAUUUAGUGGGGCAGAUGAAAUUGAUCAAAUGAACAAAAUUGUAGAAGUUCUUGGAAUUCCUCCCACGAAAUUACUAGACAAAGCUUCAAAAACAAAAAAAUAUUUUGAGCGUCUACCUGAUGGAAGUUACCAAGUUCGCCGUUAUAAAGAUAGUAAAAAAGAAUACAUUGAAAAUGGUAGUCGUAAGUUGCAUGACAUACUCGGCUGUGAUAUUGGUGGACCAGAAGGGCGUAGAAAAAACGAAUCGGGUCAUUCUCCUCAGGAUUAUAUGAAAUUCAAAGAUAUUGUUUUAAAAAUGCUUGAAUACGAUCCAAAGACACGGAUAAGUCCUUACCAAGCCCUUCAGCAUCCUUUUUUUAAACGCAACUCUGAGGAAUCCAAUAUGAACUAUUCAACGUCAGUAUCUCCUGUACAUCAAAAAGAUGAAAAGGAGUACAUAAACGUUGCGCACACAGUUAGAACGAACCCUGCAGUUAUACAUAGACCUUCCUCUGAUCCUACGGGUUUUCGAAAUUCAGCUAUGGAUUGCGAAGGGGAAGUUCCCCAUCAAACUCGCGUUGUAGAUAUAAAAUUGCGUCAUAAUGUAAAGAUGCAAACCGAUCCGUUACCUGUAAAAACUGUCAGUCCAGAACCAGAAGAGAGGACAAAAAUAAAUGAUAAAUUAAAGAUAGAUAAUCCGCUAUCUUUUCCAAAACAUUCAGUUGACAUUUUACAAUCCGAACAAUUGAGUAGUUCGUUUCGUUACAGCUUGUUGACGAACGGUAUCUACCCUUUUAGUUCGGGUAACGCCAUUCCUUACGAAUCAAAAUCCGAGUUUAUCGAUACUCUAACUAAUUUAAGUCAUUAUAAAGAGUCUGCGUAUAGUAGCUACCUCACAAAUGAAGCUGUUUUAUCUCCAGGCCUGUUACAUACAAGCCGAAAGGAUUUUAUCGCGCCGGAAGAUCCAAGACUUCGUAGCGUAAUUCUUCAUGGCGAUGUUCAUCGAUAGGCUAAAUUGCUUAAAAAAGGUUUAGUGCACGGAUCAAGGAGCUCGAAUGCCUUCCUCGGAUUUAGCCUCAAGGUUAAUAUAUAUGCGCUUAUAGGCUACUUAAAUAUACAAGAACACCUAAUAAGUUCUUGAAAACGAAAGAACGUUAGAUUUAAAUAAACUAAAUCGAACGUUUUCUGAUAGAGAUUCUAUAAAAUGUACAGAUUUUUUACAACACAUAAGAGAACAAAUUCGUCCGUUUUUUAA